UCCCUUUCCAACGUAUUCGCUACCAGUUCUCCGAAGAAUGAAAUGGUCUUCCUCUGUGUUCGUAUCCAACCUAACCACUCUCCUAAAAUAGAAGCGAUCGUAAAUGCAGAUUUCGCUUCAAAAAAAACUAGCAACGGAGUUAAUUACAAAAGCCGUCAGUGGACUCAAGUAAUCAUCGGACAAAAUCAAAACAACGACGGAACUAUUACAAACAACAUCCCAUUCUAUGGAAGGAUUUCGAACUUAAACAUCUGGUUUAAUCUCUCUGAUCACGAUAUUACAAAUUGGUUCAACGGAGGUCGGAAAAAUACCGAACCUAGCAUCCUUAAAUGGCCACAACUUGGUUCUUCCGAGAGAUUUGGAGACGUUCAUUUUGUAAAGGUCACUUCUGCUGAGAGACGUAAGUUUAAUGGACUUGAUACUCUGCCUUAUUAUCUAACUGCACUAAGUAGAUUGCGAAUAACGCGCGAAUCGAGUACAAAUAUCCUGCGAUAUUGUACAGUUGUUUAUUUUGUAUAGAAAAAACCUGUUUAAUCGGUCUACUGCCUCGCUUUUCCUACUCUUAAAGAAAUGCGCAUGAAAUAAAGCAGUUGGAUCAUAAAUAUCUUAUCAGAUUAGACUCAUUGUUUGUAGUUUGACACGCUCUCCGAGCUCGUCAAGAUACGGCACAACCCAUAAAUAUACUCAGUGAUACUAUAUACCAAAAUGUUUAAUAUGAUAUAUUUAUAGUGCUUAAUGCAAAGUUAAAUUUAUCUAGAAAAAGUGGGCGGGAAGAAAUGGAGAGUAGGAAAGUGCUCAAGGACACCCGACUUUGUGUCGUUAACCAAUAACCCGAGGACAAGCUAUAUUUGAAGCACAAAGCAAAGGAAACUGCUCAUCAGCCAUUAGAGAGGAUUUGGAGGUCUGUCAAGGCUUGAAGGAGAGGGGAGGGUUUUGGAGCCCUCUGACGCUCCCCAAUAGAUUCGCCCACGUCAACACUUUAACGAAGGCUACUAACCUAGUAAAAGCUGUGUUUUUAAUUAUUACACUAAGUCGAACUGUCGGGUGUAUACGUUAGUUAUGGUGAAUGAUUCUUUAUUUUUUUGUUUAGAGUGGCGUGACGUUUCAGAUGGUGAGGUGAAUGUCCUAACAACAAAUGAUGUUUCGGCGACGAAAUCUUUUGAAAGUGGAUCUGGAGUAGUUAUCGAAGUUGAGCGUCAGUCACCAGUCUCUUGUAGCAAUGCAAUUGAUUCGGUCACAGUUGACGGCGUGUUGAUAUCUGUAAAUGGAAGCUGGAAACGAAUCAAAUAUAAGCAGACGUUCAUGGGAACUCAGAAAUGCUUUGCAAUUUUUGGGAGCGUUCCUAACUGGUGAGAUACUUACUUCAUCUCUCAUAUUUCUCUUGUAAGUAUCGUCCAUCUGGAAAGUCGCGGAAAGGGGAGGGUGGGGAUACUUUGGUAUUCAUUAAUUCUAAACCUUGAGAAAGACUUUGAAAGGUCAGUGCGCCAACUUUCUUUCUAUCUAAGGAACUCGCUGUGCAUGGAAUUGUUUCGCGAAUUCAAUUUUUUAUUCCCCAACCCCUCCUCGAACUAUUUUUUUUUAUAUUGAGUGAGGAAACAUCUGUGUAUUUCAUGAACUUCCGAAUUUCAGUUUUGGAAAAUCACUGGGUUUUCUGGCUGUCAACGUCGUUUAUUUGGAACGGCUUCAACUCACGUGUUUUAAAGCCCUGAGAAAAAGCAAUUACAACAUUAUCUGGAGAAAAGCAAAAAUAACGUGUCAUAGAGGACUCAGUUGACGUUUUGGUGUCAAACGCGGGAAAACAAGGGCAUAUCAGGCUGUAUCGUUACUUAAACAAAGCAGUGACUUUUUUAUUUUAGCCAAAGAAACUUUUUGCCCAAGUAACAAUCCUUGGUUAAUUAUUUCAUCACUACAGGGCCUCUGGUAUAUUCAAUCCCGGUGUUUUGAAAUUCGACCUUAAUUUGGAUGAACUUUGGAAAGAAGAAUAUCUUGGCCCAAAUGGUAAUAAACGCAUCUAAUAAACCUUGUAAGGGAUUUAAAGUUAACUGGUAAUGUCGCUCAAGGAAGUGUACCUCAUGGGCCUGAAAUAGUUUGCUUUAGUAAGUUUUUUCCCUAAAUUCUCAGAUUUAAAUUAUGAAACUGUUCAAAAGUGACGAUGGAACUUCACCGUGUGAUAUUUAAUAUGAAACUAUUUAAAGCACUCUCUCCUCACCUCUAUAAGGAAAGGAAUACAGCAGAGUUAAGGCAUUGAUAAAUUUAUAAAUUUAAGGGUAGUUUGCAUUUGGCGACUCUUGUGUCCGCACCACACUCGACGUUACCUUUGCUCCAAAGUCUCACCGUUGCAUCAAUUUGUUUUGGACAAAAAUAGAUCAUUGUGGUGUGAUCUGUAAGACUGUGCUGAUAUACACAGGAAAAAAAUCUGUGUAGAAUUCAGAUAUUGAUGACAACAAUAAGCAUUCUGAUGAUUAUACACUAUAAUACUACAUUAGAUUUGUCUCCCUGUUCUUUUCAAGGUCAUCAUUUCGAUGGCGUGAAUGCUUUGUGUGGUGAUGAACACUUUUGGAUGGUAAAUCAACCAAAUACUCCGGUAGCCGGAGUCAGUCUGAGACGAAAGAGCGGCGGGGCGAUUGCCGGGAUAUCCACCUUUGGCAAGUGUGGAAUGUUAAAGUUCAAGAUUUCUGAUAUUCGUGUUCUGGAAUAAAAAUUCUGUAUCGAGUCCUGGCUAAUCCAAGUUGUUAUUGGCGACACAAGUUGCGGUCCUCUCCCAGCUGAUGCUUGUGAUGUCAUGACAGAAUGUCACGUGGCACCCCAAACAAAGGCUUCGAAGGAGAAUAAACACGUAAUUGCCUUUAGCGCCUUUGACUGGCUAGGACUUGAGCCUGCGAUUAAUUGAUAAGUUUGUGCAGUUAAAUCACCUUUUAAGCACAACAGCACUAUGACAGUAAACUGCAUUAGAAGCAGAGCUGGAUAUUACUUUACUUUGAAAUAAUUAGAGUGUUUGCUAUUUUACAGACACUGAUAGUCGAAUGAACACAAACUGUUGAGGGAAGACGAUCAAGAUCUCACAUUCAGCUUGUUUUCACUCGUUCUAAGGCCGUUUUUUUUUCACAUCUAAUUAUAAGAAUUAACACAACAGACAGCCUGUGGCUAAAAGUAGUCAUGUUCACACUUCACUUUAGAGGCGAAAACGGGAAUAUAUGGAUAAGUUGCUGGGUGUUCUACUGCCGUUGUAAUACUUUGAACAAGGUUUAUGGUAUGUAAUGUUAAAAGUUUUUUGUUCAUUCAUUCCAAAAAAUUUUGUUUACACUCGUGUUGAAAUUCUACCAGGGAAGGAGGUACUGGGAACUAGUUUAGCCUUCGCACUUAUUAUAGAUAACUCGUCUGUGGAUUUUUUACCAAAAAAAAUGCCGAAAUAAAAGUACUUCGCACUGAAAACCCACUUAGCUGUCGUAUGGUCAGAAAAGACACGUUUCAAAUGCUGGUACACCACAUGGUGGGUCAAUAUGAAGGGUUAGUGUGACUCUAAGGGCGCAGGGUAUUCCAUUAAAUGAAGUUACUUAUGCGUUAAAGACCAAACAGAAGAUAAAUCAGAAAACAAACAUGAGUGAAUCAGAAGAUGUGUUAUCAUUGGCACGUUUGGAACGACAGGGACUGGUGCCAAGUUUUUUAAUAUAUCACUCGAAGUACAAGUUCUAGGUGCUAACGCCGCCUUGAAUGCUGCUUGUUUCCACAAUAUAUCCAAUUCAUGACCAUAGUUUUAAUUCCCUGGUAACUGCUUGAGAAUGUGGUGUGAGAUUUUGCCAGGCCAGUCAUAUAGAAACUCAAAAUAGAAAAAUACCGGAUUACAGAUUACUCUCGACACUCAAAAGAAAAAUCCUCCACUGAGUAAGAAUCCGCGGGAAACUAAGCGUCUUGAACCUCUUCGGGGUGUUAUUUCGCUUGCUUAUUCACUUAUCCGCUAAUUUGAUUGAACUGAGACCAAUACAAGGUUUAAACAUGUUUUGAAGCUGCUUUGUUAAACAAGAUCGAAAGUUGUUUUCUACAUAGAAGCUACUUAAACCGAUGUUUGCCGACUUCAGUUGUUGCACAUAAAAAAAAUCAAGUCAGCGAGUACUUUAAUCCUAUGGAAAAUAGAGCUCUUUAGUUCUCUGUUUAUGAUUUUCAUUUAGUAAAACCCGGUUUAACCAAGCAUAGUUUGCUGGUGUGAAUGAGAUACAAGAGAGUCACGGAGAAGGAAAUAUUCCUUCUUUAUGUUUUUCGAGGAAACGAAACAGUUUACUCACAUACACGCACAGGGAACAGCAAGGAACACAUAGGGAAAAAAUGGAAGAAAAUGACAAAUAUUUUAUUCUUCUUCCUGAGCUAGCUUUGCAAUGGGAAAAUUUUCCUCGUCGGUAGAUUUAAUAUAUAAUAAAUGAAGAUAAACAUUAUAAAGCGAAUAAAGCUGUUUUAAUUAAAACCUCUGGACUCCCAGAGUGCAAAAGAAGUAUUUUAUGAGCUUAUACUUGUCACGCGAUGCAAGAACACCUGUUCGAGAUCAAUGAAAUAUACAUUUUUAUUUCGAUUAAAACAUGAGACCAAUUCGUCCAGUUGCAGAUAUAUAGAGGUUAUAUGUUAUCAACUAUAAUUAAUUUAGUUAGAUUCUGCCAGAUCAGUGACAAAGCAAAUGAAAAUAGAAAAUUACCAUUCCAGAUUACUCUCGACAUUCAAAUGAAAAUUUCUCCACUGAGCUAGAAUCCGCUGGAAAUUAAACGCAUUGAGCCGCUUUCGGGGUGUUUUUUCGCUCGCUUAUUCGAUUAUUCGGUUGAAAUGAGACCGAGAGAGUCACGGAUAAGAAAAUAUUCCUUUUUUAUGUUUUUCGAGGAAAACGAAACAGUUUAUACGCAACGUUUAAUUUUGUUUACUCGAGUUUCUUCAGUGGCUACCACACGCACAAGGAACAGCGAAGAACAUAUAGGGGAAAGAAUGGACGAAAAGAGAUCUUAAUUGAUAUUUUAUUGUUCUUCUUGAGCUGGCUUUGCAAUAGGAAAUUUUCCCCGCCGGUAGAAUUCUUUGAUGACAAGGGAAAAUAAACACAAUAAAGCGAAAAAAAGCGUUUUAAUUGAAACCUCUGAGGACCUUUAGGGUGCUUCACUGGUCUUAGUGCUCUUGUAGCGAGAUUUGUUAUCAGGUCGUCCUUGUCAUGCAAUGUAAGAACACCUGUUCGGCAUUAAGGGAACAAUGAAAUAUAUAACUAAUUCGAUUAAAACAUCACAGCUAUUCUUUCAGUUUAAGAUAAAUAAAGGUGAUAUUUUACUGAAUACAAUGUAGUAAGAUAUUGCUUUCGAUUUGGGAAAUCUAUAGCCUACAAAUACAGCCGCUGCAGUUAAGGGUAACUGUGAAGGACAACAUACGUAAUAAUUUGAAAGAUAGAGCUUUUUGUUCGCUACAGCAAGUUUCAAUUUCAUUAGGCACUCUCUGUCUUCAAAUGAAAUUAAAAAGGUUCUCGGAAAUUUUAAAACAAUCAACGAGGUGGGAUGUUGAAAAUGUUAUUCUGCGGAGUGAAUCUUGUUUAGAAAACAGAAGUACUCUCUGAUAGCUUUUGGGGUUAUACGAGGGUUUCGAGUGCUUUCUGUAAGUCUCAACAACAUGAAUACUUUAGGAACAGCUUCGCCUCAUUGGUUACACAGGAAAUUACCUCGUAAAUAUACUUCUAAUUUCCUAGCAAAACCUGUAGGGAAUGUUCAUCUAACAUUAGUGUUUACUUUAAAACACCUGCCUUCUAUUGUUAGUAAUUUCUAGACUGGUAUUUAUGCAGGAGAUAGAUGGUAUAGAGAUGAAACACUUUCCGGCUAUUCAAAGAAAUGAGAAUGCAGUUAAUAUUCUAGUGGUUUAAAAUAAGGAAAUAAAUACCAAAAGCCGACUGGGGUGAAAUCUAAACAAGAGAAAAAACAAUUUGUUUUUCCAUCUGUUUUCUAGGAAGCUAUAACUGCAAUCAGUCGGCUAAAGAUACAACGAAAGACCCUUAGAUUGAAGCUACACGUAGAAUUGGCUAAAUAAGCUAUGAAGGACUGAAUACAAUUCUCUGACAUCUUGGAAGGUGAGGAACAUUUUGGGUUAUAAUUUCACUACAAAUUUGCUAAGGAUUAGCGACAAGAAUCACAAUUCUGUUAUGUUUGAUAAUUUAGACUUAGGAGAAAUUUCCUUUUUUUCUAUAGGAUUUUUGGAAUGUGGCCGUUGUCCUAAAUAUAAAGGGUCGAUCAAUGUUUUUGGCCAGAAAUGUUAUUUUUUUACCGUUAUGUAAAAAGAUUUUCAACUUUUGCUAUCCGUGUCCAUUCUCUUUUGAUAUUUUAUUACCAGAUUUCGUCAUGAAAGACCAAAAAAACACUCCCAUACAUACACGUAGCAUAUUACUCGAGAUCUUUUCGUUCUUUAUCAGUUUGUUGAGCGCUAAAUAAACGGGCGCCUCUUCCUAACUUCGUCUUUUUUCCCGCCCAGAAUUGACCCGCGAACUGAUCUUAUACAAAUUUCAAUUAGUUUCCUCUCCACUUUCGUCUAAAAAGAGAAGGAGAAUUUAUCAGACAAUGUUGACCAAUUUACUUGAAAUCUAUCGACUGUAUACAGGUCAACAUAAGGCUAAUGCUAGUCAUAUCGAAACUUAAAACGCAUCAAUGAAAGCAAGUACUCUACUUCUUGGUUUAUAUUUACUUGUUUGAUCGGAUGGAAUUGAAUAAUACUCUCGCAGCAUUAUUCUUGAUUGAAAAGAAACCAGAAGUUGGAAGCAUCUUUCUCUUGAUGUAUAAUUUAUUACCGAAUAUUCUUGAUGAAUAUCUGACGGUGCGAAAGAACAGCUGUCCUUUUAAUCUCUUUCUCUAUCGUGAACGCAUGACUUUCGCUUGUAUGCGCAUGACUUUCGCUUGUGUGCGCGAGAUCUUCUGCUCGUGUGCGCGGUAUCUUUCGCUCGAGUGCACGUCACUUUCUGCUCGGGUACGCAUGACUGUUUGAUCGUAUACGCGUGACUUUUCGCUCAUGCGUGCAUAGGUUUUUGCUCACGUGCACGAUACUUUCCUCUGGUUUUGCAACUAAUUUAUUCCCACUAUGAGCUCAACUAAGAUACGUUUAAUUUCAAAACACAGGUAACAUGACUUGGACAUAUUGUAUUUUACAUCUUUUGGCAUCUUUUACUGCCCUCGUUAUGGUUGAUGCUCAAUGCCGGACAGAAAUCAGUAUUCCUGGUAUGGCUCUUGAUGGUUUUGUCUUCAAAAUAAUGUCAGCAACAGCCCCACAUGAGUGUGAAGUCCAUUGCGAAAGAGAAAUCACAUGUCAAAGCUAUAACUACGUCAUAGGGGAGAAAAUCUGCGAAUUGAAUAACCGCACCAAGGAGGCGAGGCCCCAAAAUUUCCGCUCUGACCCCGCACGGUUUUAUAUCCGACGUUUUAUCGGCAGAGGUAUGUGAUCAGCUUAAUUAAGCUGCUUGUAACAGUUAAAAAUCACUAGGUACCUCGAUUUUUCGCCGAUCAGUGCCGCAGUAUCAUAGACCAGUUAAAAAGAUUCAAAAAAAGAGAUCGGACUUUUCUAAGCCAAAGACUUGACGCUGAGCAAACCAUAGCAACGAAAUUUAAAGAUACCGCUUAAUUUUUCAGUUACCUUGGGUUCCAUUCCUGAAUUACCAGCGAUAUCUUGCCGGGAAAUAGAGGCGAGUGAAGGCAAAUACAACAUCAGCAACAAGUACUGGCUGCAUAGCAGUUUGACGGGACAGGCAGAGUUGGUUGAUUGUAAUGACACAGUGAAAGGUGAGUUUUAGGUUCUUCUGCCCUUGUAUUACACUCUACUGUUUUUACUUCAUAUUUUAUAUUUUAUACAUUCAAGUCUAAGAGAAAAUUAAUGGACCACCAGCGAGCCUUUGCUUUCUCUUGAUUGUAACGACGCCUUUCUUCUAUUCCAUAAUGCUCCAUAACUCUUAUUGUUUGGUUUGUGACGUCACAGUGACAAUUCAGGCGAUGAUGUUGAUAACGAGGACGAUGACGAUAAGAAAACAAUGGCGAAAAUGGCGAUCAGAAAACAAACGAACACACAAAAAUGUACAAAAUCACAUUAAUUUAUCAAUUUAUCAAAUUCCAAGAUGCUUAAUAGUAAUUCAUGAUACGAUUUAACAACAAAUACGCCAAUUCACAAGGAGCAUUUAUAACGAUAGUCAGUAAUAUUACUUUCAAAUGUCAGUGAACUGAAAACUCCUGUGGUAUGAAAUGUUCGCAGACCGUGACAUGUAAGUAUAAAACCUGCUCUUAAAGGCGCGGCCAAAUGCACGCAACAUUUCAACAUCUUGCAAUAAUGUUGGAUCGCGUUGUAAGAUGUUAUAAAGGAGCAAAAUGUUGCUACACCCUGUAACAUCAUGUUGCUGCAGGGUGACCAAACGUGUGCAACACGCUGCGUGCAACAAUGUUGACCGAGCCUUAACACAAUUUGCCUCUUAACGCUCAACAUUGUAACCCUGGCAGCUUAUUUCAUCUCAGAGAUCACCCCUCAAACUCUGAGGGCAUGAGAAUAAAGCAACUGAUCGACAACUUGAAAAGUUCUUGAUCAUUCAAUUAAUUCUGUCUUGUCUAUUGUAUAGAGGAAAUGCAUACUAAUGAUAGGGUGUAAAGAGUCUAUAACUCCCACGAUUUUUCCCUUUCAAAAGAGGGGAUGCGGCCAGGACAGAUGACGAUCACUGACGAUGACGAAAAAGAAAAAGACAUAAAUGGCAUUAAUUAUCAAGUUACAUCUUGCUUUACAUCGAUUCACUGUAAAAUUCAUCCUUAGAAAUUUUCACCACUUUCAAUACACUUUUUUUCGUCCAUUAGAUUGUGACGCUAAUCCUUGUAAAAACGGUGGAACUUGUGUAGAAGUACCCAGUAGAAAAACCUACAAAUGCAACUGUACGGAUGCAUUCACAGGCAAAAACUGUUCAAAACCAACACCCGUCGUGCGGAGUACGGACGCAUCCCGUGAGUAUAGUAAACUUCAUUUUUUCGCUUAAGAUAUCCCACGAACUCAACCUGUUAUUCCUUAUGAUGCCAUUACAAUGGCCGAAUGCCGCUUAUUCCCUACCAAAAGAAAAGAAAAAGCCUCUAAGAUGUCAAAAAUAAGCAGUUUUUAAAAUAUUCAAUUUCCAACACAAACCUCUUAUUAAUAUUAGCUUGCGUUGCAGUUGUUUCCUUAUAAGAGCGAGGUCUGGGGCCAAAUGAACCAAACAAAUAACGUGCAUGCAAUGUGUGGGGGAUGGGGAGGGGACAGCUGGGGAGGGGGAAGAAACAAAACCUACUAAGGAAUACGAAGAGACCAAUUUACGAUUUAUUUUACUAAAAUGUCGUUAAAUCUCAGCUCAAUUAAAUCUUAAAAAACGAUGGCUGAAAACAAGCGAAGUAGCAAAGAGUGUGGCCAGAAACUUGCCAAUUUUAAUGUAACAGUUGUACUUGUUUUCCAUUUCGUAGAAACUGUUGCAAGUCUUGAUAGAGUCAAUGGACAACCUGAAGAUUCAGAUGACUAUGACUUUGAGCUUAUAUUCAGAAAAACUCAACAUACGAGCUAUGUGAAACACGAUAUGAAUAACAAGUGGGUUGCAGGCUUUACCGUCUGUGCCUGGAUACACACACCAGAUUUACAACAGAGCCAAGAGAUGACUGUGAUAAGUAUUUUGAACGAGAAGAAUGGCGGCAGCCACAACGUUGUGAGAUUGAGAAUCGACGGAGAAGGCAACAUCUAUUUUUCAUUUGGAAGUGACAGGUAAGGAGUUUUUGUGAGCCACAAUUAUCAGAGAAGAAUCAUUGACCUUGUCGUUAUCAAUUUCUAUAAGCGCUUUUUCUGUCGUUAAAAUAGAGAAGACUUUUCCUGCCGAUCCUGUUAGCUUGGCAUUUUUUUGUUUCAAAGGCUGAUUUUAAGACAAGUAUAUCAACAUUCAGUCGUCCUGUUUAUUUUAAUGUUUAUUUUAAUGUUUAUUUUAAUGUUUAUUUUAAUGUUUAUUUUUAAGUUAAGUAGUACGUGUUUAAAGCGAAGGAAAAAAUAAUGUAACCUUUGGUAAGAUUGUUGCAAUGUUAGUUAACAACUACUCACUGACACUGACGUAAAUAAUUUUUUUUAGUAUAUACCACACAGAAACCAAAAAUACUAUCUUAUUUCUGUCAACAAACCAAAAAAUGAGCGGUGGUUAAAUUUUUGACGCGCUAUUUUGUCUCUUUGGCCACUUGGAGGUGAGUAGUACUUCCUAAUCACUUCCGAACCAGCCAAUCGGCGCACGCGAAAGAGCUACAUAAACUCAGUUAUAUUCAAUACUAUAGGGGAUAAAGAGAUUACCUAUAAGUACAUGCUUGCGUUUUUGUUUUUGAAGGACCUCCCUUUCCAACGUAUUCGCUACCAGUUCUCCGAAGGAUGAAAUGGUCUUCCUCUGUGUUCGUAUCCAACCUGACCAGUCACCUAAAAUGGAAGCGAUUGUAAAUGCAAAUUUAGGUUCAAAAAAGACCAGCGACGGAGUUAAGUACGAAAACGUUCAGUGGAGUCAAGUAAUCGUCGGACAAAAUCAGGGCAAUGACGGUACUAUUACAAACGAUACCCCAUUCUAUGGAAGGAUUUCGAACUUAAACAUCUGGUUUAACUCUCUCACUGAUGCCCAAAUUACAAAUUGGUACAACGAAGUUCAGAAAUAUUACAUACCUAACAUUCUUAAAUGGCCAGAACUUGGUUCUUCUUCCAGGAUUGGAGACGUUCAUUUUGUAAAGGUCACUUCUGCUGAGAGACGUAAGUUAAAUGGACUUGAUACUCUGCCUUAUUAUCCAACUGCAUUAAGAAAAGUACGAAUAACGUGGGAGUCGAGUACAAAUAUCCUGAGAUAUUGUACAAGUGGUUAAGCCUGUUUAACCGGUCGGCUACGCGCACUACGCUUCUCUACCUGCCUCGCUUUUCCUACUCUUAAAGAAAUGCGCUUGAAAUUAAUAAAGCAGUUGGAUCAUAAAUAUCUUAUUAGAGUAGAAUCAUUGUUUGUAGUUUGACUCGCCCUCCGUGCUCGUCAAAAUACGGCACAAGUCGUAAAAAUACUCAGCGAUACUACACACCAAAAUGUCUAACAUGAUAUAUUUGUUGUACUAAAUGCAAAGUUAAAUUUAUCUAGAAAAAGUGGGUGGGAAGGGAUGGAGAGUAGGAAAGUGCUUAAGGACACCUGACUUUCUGUCGUUUACCAGGACUUACCAAUAACCCAAGGGCAAACUAUAUUUGAAGCACAAAGCCAAGCAAACUGCUCAUCUCUAAUCAUUAGAAAGGAUUUGAAGGUCUGACAAGGCUUGAAGGAGAGGCGAGGGUUUCGGAGCCCUCUGACCUCCCCCCCCCCUAGAUUCGCCCUUGUCAACACGUAAACGCUGGCUAUAAACCUACCAAAAACUGUGUUUUUAAUUAUUACACUAAGUCGAGCUAUCGGGUCUAUACUUUAGUUAUGGUGGGUGUUUCUUUAUUUUUCUCUUUAGAGUGGCGUGACGUUUCAGUUAGUGAGGUGGAUGUACAAACAACAAAUAAUGUUUCGGCGACGAAAUCUUUUGAAAGUGGAUCUGGAGUAGUUAUCGAAGUUGAGCGUCAGUCACCAGUCUCUUGUAGUAAUGCAAUUGAUUCGGCCACAGUUGACGGCGUGUUGAUAUCUGUAGAUGGAAGCUGGAAACGAAUCAAAUACAAGCAGACGUUCAUGGAAACUCAGAAAUGUUUUGCAAUUUUUGGGAGCGUUCCUGAUUGGUGAGAUAUUUACUUCAUCUCUCAUAUUUCUCUUGUGAGUAUCGUCCAUCUGGAAAUUCGCGGGAAGGGGAGGGUGGGGAUACUUUGGGAUUCAUUAAUUCUAAUCUUUACAAAAGCCCUUGAAAGGUCAGAGCACCAAAUCAUUGUGUCUUAUAGUGUGUGAGGAAACAUCUCUGUCAUUUAUGAAUUUGCGAACAGCAGUUUUGGAAAAGCACUGGGUGUUCUGUCUGUCAACGUCGUUUAUUUCGAACGCUUCAAUUCAGGGUUUUAAAGCCCUGAGAAAAAAGCAAUCAUAAUAUUAUCUGGAGAAAGACAAAAAUAACGCGCUAUAGAGGACUCAAUUUACGUAUUUGGCGUCAAAUACAGGAAAACAAGUGUAUCAAAACUUGUAUCAAGCUGUAUCGUUAUUUAAACAAAGCAGUGACUUUUUUAUUUCGGCCAAAGGAACUUUUUGGAUAAGUAACAAUCCAUGGUUAAUUCUUUCAUCAUUACAGGGCCCCUAGUAUAUUCACUCCCGGUGUUUCGGAAUUCGACCUUCAUUCGGAUGAACUUUGGAAAGAAGAAUAUCUUAGCCCAAAUGGUAAUAAAGGCAUCUAAAAAGUCUUGUAAGGGAUUCAAAGUUAACUGGUAACGUCACUUAAGGAAGUGUGUCUUAUACGCCUAAAAUAAUUUCCUUUAGUAAGUUUUUUCCUUCAAUUGUCAGAUUUAAAUUAUGAAACUGUUCAAAAGUGACGAUGGAACUUCACCGUGUGAUAUAUAAUAUGAAACUAUUUAAAGCCCUCUCUCCUCCCCUUUUUAAGGAAAAGAAUACAGCAGAGUUAUGGCAUUGAUAAAUUUAUGAAUUUAAGGGUAGGUUGCAUUUGGCGAAUGCUUGUAGUAACAUUAUUUAACGACUCUUGUGUCCGCAUCACACUCGACGUCUCCUUAGAUCCAAAGUCUCACCGUUACAUCAAUUUGUUUGGGACAAAAAUAGAUCAGUGUGGUGUGAUCUGUAAGACUGUGUUAAUAUACACAGGAAAAACAUCUGCGUUGAGUUCAGCUAUUGAUGAUAACAAUAAGCAUGCUGAUGAUUAAACACUGUAGAACUACAUUAGAUUUGUCUCCCUGUUCUUUUCAAGGUAAUCAUUUCGAUGGCGUGAAUGCUUUGUGCGGUGAUGAACACUUUUGGAUGGUAAAUCAACAAAAUACACCUGUAGCCGGAGUCAGUCUGAGACGGGAGAGCGGCGCGUCGAAUGCUGGGAUAUCCACCUUUGGCAAGUGUGGGAUGUUCAAGUUCAAGAUUUCUGAUAUUCGUGUUCUGGAAUAAAAAUUCUGUAUCAAGUCCUGGCUGAUCCAAGUUGUCAUUGGCGACACAGGUUGCGGUCCUCUCCCAGCUGAUGCUUGUGAUGUCAUGACAGAAAUGUCACGUGGCAUCCCAAACAAAGGCUACGAAAGAGAAGAAACACGUUACUGCCUUUAGGGCCUUUGACUGGCUAGGACUUGAGCCCGUGAUCAAUUGAUAAGUUUGUGCAGUUAAAUCACCUUUUAAGCACAUCAGCACUAUGACUGUAGAUUGCACUGGAAGCAGAGCUGAAAAUCACUUCACGUUGAAAUAAUUAGACUUUUCGCUAUUUUAUAGACAAUGACAGUCGUAUAAACACAAACUGUUGAGGGAAGACGAUCAAGAUCUUACAUUUAGCUUGUUUUCACUCGUUCUAAGGCCGUUUUUUUCAUAUCUAUUAUAAGAAUUGACACAACAAACAGCCUGUGGCUAAAAGUAGUCAUGUCCCAACUUUACUUUAGAGGCGAAAAGCGGAAUUAAUGAAUACGAUGCUGGGUGUUCUGUAAUAUUUUGAACAAGGUUUAUAGUAUGCAGUUUUAAAAAUUUUUAGUUCAUUUUAUUUAAACUCGUAAAUUGAAAUUCUACCAAGGAAGGAGGUACUGGGAACUAGUUUAGCCUUCGCACUAAUUUUAGGUAAGUUCUUUGUGGAGUUUUACCAAAGAAAAUGCUCAAAUAAAAUUACUUCGCACUGAAAUCCCACCUCGUUGUCGUAUAGUCAGAAGAGACACGUUUCAAAUGUUGGUACACCACAUGGUGAGUCAGUAUGAACUGUUAGUAUGACUCUUAGGGCGAAGGAUAUUCCAUUGAAUGAAUUUCCUUGUGCUUUAAAAACCGAACAAAAGAUAAAUCACAAAACAAACAUAAGUAAAUCAGAAGACGUGUUAUCAUUGACACAUUUGGAGCGAAAGAGACUGGUGCCGUCUUGAAUGCUUCUUGUUUGCACAACAUAUUCUAUUCGUGAUUAUAGGUUUAAUUACUUGGUAACUGCUCAAGAAUUUGGCGUGAGAUUUUGUCAGACCAGUCACACAGCAAAUCAAAAUAGAAAAAUACCGUUCCAGAUUACUCUCGACACUCGAAUGAAAAAUUCUCCACUGAGCUAGAAUCCGUUGGAAAUUAAGUGCAUUGAACCGCUUUCAGGGUGUUGUUUCACUCGCUUAUUCGCUUAUCCGCUUAUUCAAUUGAACCGAGACCAAUACCCCAUUCACACCAAGGCUUAAACAUGUUUUAAAGCUGUUUUGUUAAGCAGGAUCGAAAAUUUUUUUUCAUAGAAGCUGCUUAAACCGAUGUUUGUCGACCUCAAUUGUUGCACAUCGAUUACUUGAAUCCUAAGGAAAAUUUAGUUUUUCAGUUUUCUGUUUAUGAUGGUGUGAAUGAGGAACAAGAGAGUCACGAAUAAAAAGUAUUCCUCUUUUAUGUUUUUAAUUUCGAGGAAAUCGAAACAGGUUACACACACACACAAGCAACAGCAAGGAAGACAUAGGGGGAAAUGGACGAAAAGAGCUAGGAAUUGUAAUGACAGAUAUUUUACUAUACUUCCUGAACUAGCUUUGCAAUGGGAAACUUUUCCUCGCCAGUAGAUAUAAUACAUGAUGAAGGAAAACAAACAUUAUAAAGCGAAUAAAAUUGUUUUAAUUGAAACCCUAGGGUGCAAAGGAAGAUGAUCGAAUAAGAUUCCCCGCUUCACCAGUGCAGGUGCUCCUGUAGCGAGGUAUUUUAUGAGCUCAUACUUGUUAAGCAAUGGAAGAACACCUGUUCCAGAUCAAUGAAAUACAUAUUUCUAUUUCGAUUAAAACAUCAGACCAAUUCGUCCAGUUGCAGAUAUAUGUAGGUUAUAUAUUAUCAACUACGAUUAAGUGGGCUAUCGCUUUCGUUUUGGAAAUCUAGCCAGCAGAGGGUGGCGUUGUUGCGAAGGGUAACUGCAGAGGACAAACAUAAGAAUAAACUGGAAAAAAAGCCUAUUUUGGUCACUACAGUAACGUUUAAUUUAAUUAGACACUCCUCGUCUUCAAAUGAAAAAUGAAACAAUUCACGAAAGUUUCCAAACAAAUUUAUGAUGUCUGGUGAGGUAGAUGUCUUCUUCACGAAGAAAACGAAGUCGUUAGAAAACAAAAUUAUUCUCUGAUAGCUUUAGCUUAGUAAUAGAUAGUCUCGGGUUUCGAGUACUUUCUGCAAGUAUCAACAUUAUAAAUAAUUUAGGAGGUUACUUGCCUCAUUGGAAGUAAAGGAAAUUACCUAACAAAUAGAACCUGCAAAGACAGUUUACCUACAUACAGUGUCUACACCGAUAAAGACUCAAUACCUUUCAGGGGGUUGCCGUUGAAAUAAACCCGAGGUCUAUUGCUAACGAUUUCUGAACUGGCGUUUAUGCCGGCGAGAGGUUAAAGGUAUGUAGAUGCAAAACUUUCUGGCUUUUCAAUGAGAAUGCGAGUAGUAUUCUAGUUUUUUUUUUUAAUUAAAACCGAUUGGGCCGAAAUUUAGAAAGGAGGAAAAAAAUGGGUUUUUUGUUCUGUUUGCCUGAUAACUAGAACUGCUCUUUGUCAACCAAAUAUGAAAUGGCUGCACUUUAGCUACGCUUCGAGUUGGCUAAAAACGCUAUGAAGAACUGAAAUCACUUAUCUGUCUUCUUAGAAAGCAUGGAAAAUGUUGGCAGAAAAAUUCAUCUCAAAUAGCUUCGGAUUAACGAUAAGUCUCAUAAUUCUGUUGUACUUGAUGAUCUAAACCUAAGAUGAAUCUCCCUUAGUUUAGCAGGAUUUUUAGAAUGUGCAUGAGCGUCGUCCUUUAUACAAAAGGGUGAAUCACUUGUUUUUGGCCAGACUUAUUUUUACUUCAGUAAAAGGUGACAUAGACUAGAGGGGUUUCAACUUGCUAUUCAAGCCUGUUCUCCUCGAUUGUUUUGGCUAGAUCUCGUCAUAAAAGACCAAAAACACUCCGGUAGUGUUCGACUAGAAAUCUUUUAGAUUCCCUUCAUGUGUUUGUUGCUAAAAUAAACUGAAAAGAAAAAUUAAUCCGAACACCUCAAGCUAACCACAAAAAAAUUAUAACAAGAUUCCCUCUCCUUUUACCGAGAAAGAGAGUAAAGAUAUAUCUGACAAUAGUGACCAAUACUUUUCUAAUCUAUGGGUGACAAAGAGUUCGUUCUUUGUUUGGGUUGAUGCUAAAGGUAUUCAAAUGUAAAAGGCAUAAUCACUUCUUGAUUGAUAUUUGCUUCUCUGAGUGGAGGGACCUUUGAAAUAUUUGUGGAGUCCUGUUCUCGAUUUGAAAAAAAUAAAACAGUGGUUGAUAGCGUCUUUCUUUAUGUAUAAUUUAUUAAUGUUUUUGACGACUGCAUUAACUUGAAAAAUAUAAUAGUGACAGCUAAACCUUUACAAUAGCCAUCAAUUAUUCUCAUAUAACAAACUGCGUUUUUAAACGACGCACAGUGUUUUAAUUUAGCUUAAUUGAUAUUAAGCAACUCUUCAUACAGUCAGGUCGUUUACAACGAACAAGAACGUGCGUAAGACUGACGAGAGCAGCUGUCUCUUUCUCUCGUAUGCGUGCUACCUUUCGCUGUUGUGUGUGUUUCUUAGCAGUUAUGAGCGUUACUCUUCGCUCUUGUGCGUGUGACUUUUUGAGCUUGUGUACGUGAUCUUUCACAUAUUUGAGCACGACUUUUUCUGGCACACGCGUGCAUGACUUUUCACUCUUGUGUGGGCGACUUUGUGCUCUUGUGUGCGUGACUCUUCGCUCUCUAAUAAGUGACUUUUCGAGCUUAAGUGCGUGACCUUUCACAUGUUUGUCCGCGACUUUUUCUGGCGCGUGCGCAAGCUUUCGCUUAUGCUUGUCGGACUGAUUUAUCCCUGCUACGAGUUUAACAGAGAAAUAUUCAAUUUAAGCACACAGAUAACAUGCCGUGGACAUAUCUUCUUUUACAUUUUUUGACUUCUUUCACCUCCUUUGUGAUGGCUGGUGCUCAAUGCAAGACAGAAGUCAGUAUUCCUGGUAUGGCUCUUAAUGGUUUCGUCUUCAAAGUAAUAUCCGUAACAGCCCCACGUCAAUGUGAUGUCCGUUGCGAAAGAGAAAUCAAAUGUCAAAGUUUUAACUACGUCAUAGGGGAGAAAGUCUGCGAAUUGAAUAACCGCACCAAGGAGGCGAGGCCCCUAAAUUUCCGCGCUGACCCUACACGGUUUUAUAUGCGACGUUUUGUCGGCAGAGGUAUGUGAUCAGCUUAAUUAAGCUGUUGGUUGAAAAUCAUUGGGUGCCUUGAUCUUUCCCCGAUCAGUACCGCAGUAUCGUAGAUCGGUAAAAAAGACGCUAAAAAGGAGAUCGGACUUUUCUUUGCCAAAAACUUGACGCUGAGCAAACCACAGCAACGAAAUUUCUUCUCAAAGAUACCCCUUAAUCUUUCAGUUCCCUUGGGUUCCAUACCUGAAUUACCAGCGAUAUCUUGCCGGGAAAUAGAGACGAGUGAAGGCAAAUACGACAUCAGCAACAAGUACUGGAUGCAUAGCAGUUUCACGGGACAGGCAGAGCUGGUUGAUUGUAGUGACACAGUGAAAGGUGAGUUUUAGGUUCUUCUGUCCUUGUAUUACACUCUACUGUUUUUACUUCAUACUUCAACUAUUCAUUUAACAUUCAAGGCUAAGAGAAAAUUAAUGGACCACCAGCGAGCCUUUGCUUUCUCUUGAUUGUAAAGACGCCUUUCUUCUAUUCCAUAAUGCUCCAUAACUCUUAUUGUUUGGUUUGUGACGUCACAGUGACAAUUCAUGAUGAUGUUCAUAGCGAGGGUGAUGACGAAAAGAAAACAAUGGCGAAAAUGGCGAUCAGAAAACAAACGAAAAAACAAAAAUAUAAUACACAAUGAUCACAAUUAUUUAUCAAUUUAUCAAUUUAUCAAAUUCCAUGAUGCUUAAUAGUAAUUCAUGAAACGAUUUAACAACAAAUACGCCAAUUCACAAAGAGCAUUUAUAACGAUAGCCAGUAAUAUUACUUUCAAAUGUCAGUGAGCUGAAAACUUCUGUGGCAAGAGAUGUACGCAGACCGUGACACAUAAAUAUAAAAACUUGCUCUUAAAGGCGCGGCCAAACGCACGCAACAUUUCAACAUCUUGCAAUAUUGUUGGAUGGCGUUGUAAGAUGUUAUAAAGGAGCUGGCCAAAUGUGUGCAACGUCUUGCAACAUUUUCAAACUAGAUCCAACAUCUUGCAACAUGUUGCUACAGGGUGACCAAACGUGUGCAACACGGUGCGUGCAACAAUGUUGCAAGAUGUUGCGUGCUUUUGGCUGGGCCUUAACAUCAUUUGCCUCCAAACGCUCAAUAUUGUAACCCUGGCAGCUUAUUUCACAUUAGAGAUCACCCCUUAUUCAAACUCUGAGGGCAUGAGAAUAAAGCAACUGAUCGACAACUUGAAAAGUUCUUGAUCAUUCAAAUAAUUCUCUCUUGUCUAUUGUAUGUGCAUACUAAUGAUAGGGUGUAAAGGGUUUAUGGCUCCCACGAUAUUUCACGAUAUUAGGAGGGGAUGCGGCCAGAAGUGAUGACGAUCACUCUGACGAUGACGAAAAAGAAAAAGAUAUCAAUCGGAUUGAUUUAUCAAGUUACAUCUUGCUUUACAUCGAUUCACUGCAAAAUUAAUCUGUAGAAGUUUUCACCACUUUCAAUACACUUUUUUUUUAUCCAUUAGAUUGCGACGCUAAUCCUUGUAAAAACGGUGGAACGUGUAUAGAAGUACCCAGUACAAAAACUUACAAAUGCAACUGUGCGGAUGCAUUCACAAGCAAAAACCGUUCAGAAUCAACAGUCGUCGAGGGGGAACAAACAAAACCUACUAAGGAAUACCAAUAGACCAAUUUACGAUUUAUUUUACUAAAAUGUCGAUAAAUCUCAGCCAAAUUAAAUCUUAAAAACGAUUGCUGAAAACAAGCGAAGUAGCAAAGAGUGUGGCCUUCUCUAACAGUUGUACUUGUUUUCCAUUUCGUAGCAACUGUUGCAAGUCUUGAUAGAAGCAAUGAACAACCUGAAAAUGGAAAUGACUAUGACUUUGAGCUUAUAUUCAGAAAAACUCAACAUACGAGCUAUGUGAAACACAAUAUGAACAAAAAGUGGGUUGAUCACUUUACAGUCUGUGCCUGGAUACACACACCAGAUUUACAACAGAGCCAAGAGAUGACUGUGAUAAGUAUUUUGAACGAGAAUGGUGGCAACCAAAACGUUGUGAGAUUGAGAAUCGACGGAGAAGGCAACAUUUAUUUUUCAUUUAGAGGUGACAGGUAAGGAGUUUUUGUAAUCCACAAUUAUCAGAGAAGAAUCAUUCACCCUGUCAUUAUCAAUUUAUAUAGGCGUUUUUUUUUCGUUUAAAUAGAACAGACUUUUCCUGUCGAUUCUUUUAGCUAGGAAUUUUUUGCUUCAAAGGCUGAUUUUAAGACAAGUAUAUCAACAGUCAAGCGUCCUUUCGUAACAAAAUAAAAAAAUUAAAUGUUUAUGUUUAAGUUAAGUAGUACGUGUUUAAAACGAAAAAAAAUAUUGUUAGCUUUGAUAAGAUUGUUGAAAUGUUAGUUAAUAAUUACUCACUGAUACUGACGUAAAUAACUGUUUUAGUAUUUACCACACAGAAACCAAAAAUAUUAGCUAAUUUCUGUCAAUAAACCAAAAAAUGAUCGGAAAUUAAAUUGUUGACGCGCGAUUUUGUCUCUUUGGCUGCUUGGAGGUGAAUAUUACUUGCUGAUCAGCGCGCGCGAAAGGCACUACUGGCCUGUGUGCUAUAUACUAAAAUGAAAAGAGCUACAUAAAUUCAGUUAUAUUCAAUACUAUAGGGGAUAAAGAGAUUACCUUUUAGUAGAUACUUGCGUUUUUUUCCUGAAGGACCUUCCUUUCCAACGUAUUCGCUACCAGUUCUCCGAAGAAUGAAAUGGUCUUCCUUUGUGUUCGUAUCCAACCUAACCAGUCUCCUAAAAUAGAAGCGAUCGUAAAUGCAGAUUUCGGUUCAAAAAAAACUAGCAACGAAGUUAAUUACAAAAGCCGUCAGUGGACUCAAGUAAUCAUCGGACAAAAUCAAAACAGAGACGGAACUAUUACAAACGACACCCUAUUCUAUGGAAGGAUUUCGAACUUAAACAUCUGGUUUAAUCUCCCUGAUCACGAUAUUACAAAUUGGUUCAACGGAGGUCGGAAAAAUACCGAACCUAGCAUCCUUAAAUGGCCACAACUUGGUUCUUCCGAGAGAUUUGGAGACGUUCAUUUUGUAAAGGUCACUUCUGCUGAGAGACGUAAGUUUAAUGGACUUGAUACCCUGCCUUAUUAUCUAACUGCACUAAGUAGAUUGCGAAUAACGCGCGAAUCGAGUACAAAUAUCCUGCGAUAUUGUACAGUUGUUUAUUUUGUAUAGAAAAACCUGUUUAAUCGGUCUACUGCGCGCGCUCCGCUUCUCUAUCUGCCUCGCUUUUCCUACUCUUAAAGAAAUGCGCAUGAAAUAAAGCAGUUGGAUCAUAAAUAUCUUAUCAGAUUAGACUCAUUGUUUGUAGUUUGACACGCUCUCCGAGCUCGUCAAGAUACGGCACAACUCAUAAAUAUACUCAGUGAUACUAUAUACCAAAAUGUUUAAUAUGAUAUAUUUAUAGUGCUUAAUGCAAAGUUAAAUUUAUCUAGAAAAAGUGGGUGGGAAGAAAUGGAGAGUAGGAAAGUGCUCAAGGACACCCGACUUUGUGUCGUUAACCAAUAACCCGAGGACAAGCUAUAUUUGAAGCACAAAGCAAAGGAAACUGCUCAUCAGCCAUUAGAGAGGAUUUAGAGGUCUGUCAAGGCUUGAAGGAGAGGGGAGGGUUUUGGAGCCCUCUGACGCUCCCCAAUAGAUUCGCCCACGUCAACACUUUAACGGAGGCUACUAACCUAGUAAAAACUGUGUUUUUAAUUAUUACACUAAGUCGAACUGUCGGGUGUAUACGUUAGUUAUGGUAAAUGAUUCUUUAUUUUUUUGUUUAGAGUGGCGUGACGUUUCAGAUGGUGAGGUAAAUGUACUAACAACAAAUGAUGUUUCGGCGAAGAAAUCUUUUGAAAGUGGAUCUGGAGUAGUUAUCGAAGUUGAGCGUCAGUCACCAGUCUCUUGUAGCAAUGCAAUUGAUUCGGUCACAGUUGACGGCGUGUUGAUAUCUGUAAAUGGAAGCUGGAAACGAAUCAAAUAUAAGCAGACGUUCAUGGGAACUCAGAAAUGCUUUGCAAUUUUUGGGAGCGUUCCUAACUGGUGAGAUACUUACUUCAUCUCUCAUAUUUCUCUUGUAAGCAUCGUCCAUCUGGAAAGUCGCGGAAAGGGGAGGGUGGGGAUGGUAUUCAUUAAUUCUAAACCUUGAGAAAGACAUUGAAAGGUCAGUGCGCCAACUUUCUUUCUAUCUAAGGAACUCGCUGUGCAUGGAAUUGUUUGGCGAAUUCAAUUUUCCAUUCCCCAACCCCUCCUCGAACUAUUUUUUCUUAUAUUGAGUGAGGAAACAUCUGUGUAUUUCACGAACUUCCGAAUUUCCGUUUUGGAAAAUCACUGGGUUUUCUGGCUGUCAACGUCGUUUAUUUGGAACGGCUUCAACUCACGUGUUUUAAAGCCCUGAGAAAAAGCAAUUACAACAUUAUCUGGAGAAAAACAAAAAAAUAACGUGCCAUAGAGGACUCAGUUGACGUUUUGGUGUCAAACGCGGGAAAACAAGGGCAUAUCAGGCUGUAUCGUUACUUAAACAAAGCAGUGACUUUUUUAUUUUAGCCAAAGAAACUUUUUGCCCAAGUAACAAUCCUUGGUUAAUUCUUUCAUCACUACAGGGCCUCCGGUAUAUACACUCCCGGUGUUUUGGAAUUCGACCUUGAUUUGGAUGAACUUUGGAAAGAAGAAUAUCUUGGCCCAAAGGGUAAUAAACGUAUCUAAAAAACCUUAUAAGGGAUUUAAAGUAAACUGGUAACGUCACUCAAGGUGGUGUGCCUUAUAGGCCUAAAAUAAUUUGCUAUAGUAAGUUUCUUCCUUCAAUUGUCAGAUUUAAAUCAUGAAACUGUUCAAAAGAGACAAUGGAACGUCACCGAGUGAUAUAUAAUAUGAAACUAUUUAAAGCCCUCUCUCCUCCCCUCUUUAAGGAAAGGAAUGCACGAGAUUUAUGGCAUUGAUAAAUUUAUGAAUUUUUGGGAUAGUUUGCAUUUGACGAAUGCUUCACUUUAGUAAUAUCAUUUGACUACUCUUGUGUCAGCUCCUCACUCAACAUCUCCUUGGAUCCAAAGUCUCAUCGUUACAUCAAUUUGUUUUGGGCAAAAAUAGAUCAUCGUGGUGUGAUCUGUAAGACUGUGCUAAUAAACACAGGAAAAACAUCUGUGUAGAGUUCAGCUAUUGAUGAUAACAGUAAGCAUUCUGCUGAUCAAAGACUGUAGUACUACAUUAGAUUUGUCUCCCUGUUCUUUUCAAGGUACUGAUCAUUUCGAUGGUGUGAAUACUUUGUGCGGUGAUGAACACUUUUGGAUGGUAAAUCAAUCAAAUACUCCGGUAGCCGGAGUCAGUCUGAGACGAGAGAGCGGCGCGUCGAAUGCUGGGAUAUCCACGUUUGGCAAGUGUGGGAUGUUCAAGUUCAAGAUUUCUGAUAUUCUUGUUCUGGAAUAA